UCGUCUGGGAAGGGAGGGACGCGGUGUACCUAACUCAAAGGUGGAGGGCAAAGGGCAAAGUUCAGGGCGAAUCCGCUGGCCUGACCUGUGCUCGCUAUGGCGGCCUGCGCGGCGGGGCUACGACCAGACUCUGCAGUGGUGGUGGUGGGCUCCUGCAUGACCGACUUGGUCAGCCUUACAUCACGUCUGCCCAAAACUGGAGAAACCAUUCAUGGACAUAAGUUUUUUAUUGGCUUUGGAGGAAAAGGUGCUAACCAGUGUGUGCAAGCAGCCCGGCUUGGAGCCAAGACUUCCAUAGUGUGCAAGGUUGGCAAAGAUUCUUUUGGCAGUGAUUAUAUAGAAAACUUAAAACAGAAUGAUAUUUCUACAGAAUUUAUGUAUCAGACCAAAGAUGCUUCUACAGGAGCUGCUUCAAUAAUUGUCAACAGUGAAGGACAGAAUAUUAUCGUCAUCGUGGCCGGAGCAAACUUGCUGUUGAAUUCUGAUGACCUGAGGAAGGCAGCUGAUAUCAUUAGCAGAGCCAAAGUAAUUAUCUGCCAGCUAGAAAUAUCUCCAGCUACUUCUCUGGAAGCCCUGACAAUGGCCCGCAAAAGCGGAGUGAAGACUCUGUUUAAUCCUGCUCCUGCCACAGCUGACCUUGACGCACAGUUCUAUACCGUCUCUGAUAUAUUUUGCUGCAAUGAAAGUGAGGCUGAGAAUUUAACUGGGCUUACAAUUAAUAGCCCUGCAGCAGCUGGAAAGGCUGGAUCGGUGCUGAUAGAAAGGGGUUGCAAGGUGGUAAUCAUUACCUUGGGUGCUGAAGGAUGUGUAUUUGUAUCAGCCGAAGAACCUGGCCCAAAGCUUAUUCCCACACAGAAGGUCACCAAGCCUGUGGAUACUACGGGGGCUGGAGACAGUUUUGUGGGAGCAUUGGCCUUCUACCUGGCUUAUUAUCCUAACCUGCCCAUGGAAGAAAUGAUCAAGAGAGCCAACUUGGUUGCAUCAGUCAGCGUCCAAUCCUCAGGAACCCAGACUUCUUUCCCUUACAAAAAGGACCUGCCACUUAAUCUGUUUUGAUAAAGAUUCCGAGGCUCAUAUAAUUGCAAUUAGUGUGUACAAGGCAGAGAAUUCAGCUACCUUGUACACUUUGACAAUGUGCUGUCCUUUACAUGCAAAGGAUGUUCACCCACCAUCCACAGGGUACCUGCUUUUUGUUGUUUAUACAGUAAUGAUGACUGAUUCCUUAGACACAUUUGCAAAGCAGCUGGCCAGGAUUAGGCGUACAGCCUGAGGCUAGGCUGAGAUUUUGCAGGGAUCUGCAAUUUCAUCACUAUUUGAAAAACAAUUCGAAGACACAUCCUAAUGAUAGUGAGUCAGUAGCAUCAAACAUAUCCUAUACUGCCUUGCACAUAGCCAGCAUUCAAUAAAUGUUCAGUGAAUGAAUGGAAUGAAUGAACGAAUAAGUGAACAAUUGUGUGAGUUUCCUAAAUAAGUCUAAAAACAGUGGGUCCCCAUGCAUAUACAUUCCAUACUGGCUCAGCAGGGGACAGUGAAUGAACAAGCUAAUUGUUUGGCCCACAGCUUAAUCAUAUAUCCUUACAGCUAUUUAUCAAAGUAAUGCCUUGAAAUAGGCAACUCCUCUUCCGAAGCUUCAGCACUAUUUGAACCUCUGUGAGAAAUAAAAAUCUAGGAUGGGACUCCAGGAAAUGACCACUGCACAGGAAAUAACUCUAUUCUGAAGCUGAAGUGCAGAUUUUAACUAUCCCGCAGGCUAGCCUAUAGCCAUGGAAGGACCAGUAUUUCUGUAAUGGCAUUGACCUCCUAGGGGUUUACAACCAUGGUGUCAUUUCUUCUCUCACCAUUGCUAGUAAUGAGAUUCUCAGUCUGAGAUGGAAACCAAGAUAGUUCUCAGAGAGGGAGCUGUUCCCUUUUGGUUCCCCACUGGAGAUUUCCUUAUAGCCAGACAUUCGGGAAAAGCCAAUUUGUAAGAAAUGGGUGGGAGAAUGGCAGCUGCUUCUUUGAAAAGGCCAGGAUUCCUCAACCAGGAGAUAAGAAUCUACAGAUAGGACCCUAAGCCUCAUCUGACACAUACUCAACAAGAAACAGGGUCAGAGUAUUAAGGGCUGAAAUGGACUUCAGUGAUUUACCAAUCUAACUGCCUCAUUUUACAGAGGCAAAGGGAAUUGUCCAAAGUCACAAAGAUGUAGGUGACACUCAGUCUUGAAGUCACAUCUUCUUGUCUUUUAAGCCCAGUGCUUUCAUUACACUGUGAUAGCAUAUAGUUCUAGUGCUGCCAACUAUCCAGCUGUGUGACCACAGGCAACUUUCCUAUCAUCUCUGGGCGUAUUUCAUCUAGAUGAAGAAUUUUGACUAAAUAUGAAAGGUUUCUUUCAGUUCUAAAAUUCUACAAUGCUAAGCUAGUUGCUGCAACCAUGUGAAGGCACUACACCUUCCUCCUCCUACGAUGUAAUCACAAAGCUUCUGCAAAAUAAAAAAUCGCUCUUCCUUACAAGGUUGAGAUUCUCAAAGGUAAAAGUAUAAGUAACACUAUCUACCUACACUAAAAAAUAAUAGGCUUUAGGUGAUCUGGGCUUAAGAAGAUGGACAAACUGCAAUUUUUUUCUAAUUGCAUAAGCACAAAGUAGGUUCUCCGAGGUUUCUUGAUAUUCUAAAUACUCCAUGUGUGAGUUCCCUACUUUGCCUUUCAUUUCUGCCUCUACCUAGGCACUUAUUGCAUGAUCAAUCUGGAAGGUUAAUUCUUGCUCUUCUCUGGGGUAAGAAGGAGGGCUAGAAACCCUUGCACCAGAAGUUCUGAGGAAAAUUUUCAUUUCUUAUUAUUAUAUGAAACAAUGGUCAUUUUUUAAAAAUCAACUAUUGUGUUAAAAAAAAUC